AUGCUGACCGCCUCCAACUCUGUAGUGGAGUCCUCUGUAGGGGACCUGGAUGUCCCGGAGAGACCCUUGGCUCCAGCGCUAUCACAUCGCACGUCUGACGCUUCCCUGGUGCCCUUCUACAGUCUCUUCCGGUUUGCCACAAGACGACAGCUGCUAUCAAUCAUUAUCGCGCUCAUCUCGGCUGUGAUACACGGCUUGGCAAUGCCGCUCUUCGCCUUCGUCUUUGGCGAUCUCGUCGACGUUCUCGGGACGGGGGAGGCUGACUUUGUCGACGAGGUGGCGAAGCGAUGCCUCUAUAUGGUGUAUAUCGGUCUAGCAGCAUUGUUCUUCGCCUUCACAUGGCACUCCGUAUUGACUUCUACCUCACAGAGUCAGGCAACAACCAUGCGGAUACGAUAUUUUGAAGCUGUACUCUCUCGGGAUGUGGCCUGGUUCGACAAGAUAUCUCCCGCAGAGUUGCCGACAAGGAUGACCGAAGAUGUCUCCAAGGUACAGAAUGCCAUCGGCUUCAAGCUCGGCGUAUGCAUAGUGAACGCCUCGAUGUUCAUAUUCGGCUACGUCAUGGGCUUCGUGAGAGGCUGGAGGGUAUCGUUGGUGGCGGCAGGGUCGAUGCCGAUUGUUAUCGGGGCCUCUGCGGUUCUGGGAUACGCUAUGGCUCAGUCAGCCAACGAGUCGCAAACUUGGUACGCUAAGGCUGGCGCUGUGGCUGAGGAGGUAUUGAGUUCAAUUCGUACAGUAACUAUGAUGGGCACGCAAAGGCGUGAAGUUGAACGAUAUGCAUGCAAAUUAGAAGAAGCAAGAAAGGGUGGUACCAAACUUGGUCUGCAGUCUGGACUAGGUCUCGGCCUCACCUUCGGCGCUGUUUAUGGAGCUUACGCUAUUACCUUCUGGUAUGGAGGAACGUUAGUUCGCGAUGGUGUGGUUAAUGACUUUACUGACAAGCCCUACACUGGAGGAGACGUCUUGGCCGUUUUUUUCUCACUUAUUAUGGGGACCUUCGGGUUGGGCCAAGCCCUCCCGCCUCUGCAGGCAUUCCAGAUAGGUCGCUCAGCGGCUACGGACAUCCAGGAGGCCGUCGACGACAUGAGUGAUAUGAUUGAGCCUUCAUUACCUCCACCAUCCGCCGAUGGCUCUCCCAUUGCUGGGUACACCCCUCCCAAAAUGGAAACGAUCACCUUUGACAACGUUUUCUUCACGUACCCGUCUCGUCCCGAGGCCCAGGUCUUGAAGGGCAUAUCUCUGGAUAUCAAAGUGGGCACCAAAGUCGCGUUUGUUGGGGAGAGCGGCUCGGGGAAAAGUACGAUUAUCAGCUUACUUGAACGCUUCUACGAUCCUGUCAUCGGAAGGAUACUUCUGAAUGGCCAAGACCUGCGCAUUGUUGCUGGGAGUCCACACUCGAUUCGAUCAAUAUUUGGAUACGUCGGCCAGGAACCCAUCCUUUUCGCGGGAACGAUCAACGAUAAUCUCUGCUAUGGGCUGCCUUACAGCCCUUCCACCGAGCAAGUAGAGAUGGCGUGCAAGAAAGCUAACGUCCAUUCCUUCAUCUCGUCUAUGCCAGAAGGGUACAAUACGUAUUGUGGGAGCUCUGGUGGUGGAGGUAGUCAAAUAUCGGGAGGCCAGAAGCAACGUGUAGCGAUAGCUCGGGCAUUACUCAGAAAUCCACAGGUGCUCCUACUAGAUGAGGCGACAUCGGCUUUGGACAAUGAGAGCGAGAAGAUGGUACAGGAGACGAUUGAUGAGCUACAGCGUUCUGACCGUCUUACUACGAUAUCAGUCGCCCAUCGCCUGUCCACUAUACGCAACUCUGAUACCAUCUUUGUGCUUGGAUCGGGCUCUCUUGUGGAGCAGGGUACUCAUGACGAAUUGAUAGGUAAUCCAAAUGGGAGGUACGCCAAGUUGGUAUCAGCACAACAGGACCAGACUGCAGAAAGGAGAUCGACCGACCCGCGGCCGAAUGCUCCUCGAGAAGAAACUGAUCGUGGUAACUCUCCAGUGUCUGUCCAGCUCAAAAAAUGUGAUGAAACCUCUAAAGCUGAGGAGGUCAAAACUGAUGAGGAGAGAGAACGAGAGCGCGUGGAAAAGAUCGCCAAAAAUUACCGGAUCCCUUGGACGAGAAUCUUGCUCUUGUCGAAGCCUCAGUGGCUGUACUACAUACCAGCGCUCUUUGGAGCAAUAGUGUCCGGCUGUGUUAUGCCUCUCAAUGGCUUUGUACUGUCGCGCGCCUUAAAGGCUUUCUACAACGAAGACAUGGACGAGAUGAUGGACGGCGUAUCUUUGGCAUCUAUCGGGUUCGUCAUCCUCGCGGUGUGUGCUCUGGUUGGCGGCAUUCUCCAGACCGGCGGGUUCUCUUUCAUUGGAGAGCAUCUCACUAAACGCAUUCGGCGUCUCUGCUUCGCUAAGUUCCUCGAGCAGGACAUGGCAUUUUUCGACGACCCCGACCACUCCUCUGGGAAGCUCACUGCUGCCCUCAGCACAUAUGCCCUCAAGAUGAACUCCAUCAGUGGAGUGCAGCUAGGCGCGUACUGUCAGUUUGCAGCAUCGCUUCUCUCGGGGCUAAUAGUAGCCUUCCUGGGUUCUUGGAAGCUGACCCUCGUCAUGAUGGCAGUGCUGCCGCUCAUGGCUGGCGCUGGUGCGGUGCAAAUGGCGGCGGGUAUAGGGAUGGACAAGAACAAGGCGUCGGACUGUCUUGCGGCUAACCAGAUCGCCUCGGACGCAGUGCAGAAUAUUCGGACUAUUCGAGCACUGGUUUCGGAGCAGUGGACUCGAAACGCGUUUGCAAAAUUGCAGUUGCAUUCUGGGCUGCAGCAGCUGAGACCUUCGGUAUGGGCGGGUUUCUGGUAUGGCGUUUCUCAAGGAGUUCUCAUGUUCUUCAGUAUUGCAUUAGGCAUGUGGUACGGAGCCACUCUUGUCGAAGAUGAUGGUUUGGAGUUCCACGAGAUGAUACAGUCGUUGAUGGGCGUGUUCCUGGCAGCGAUGGCAGCCGGGCAAGCCCUUGCAUUCCUGGGAGAUGUGAAGGAGGCCAAGGCGGCGGCCCACGAUGUUUUCGAGCUCCUUGACAGUCAGAGUUCGAUCAAUCCCUCAAGCGAGCUUGGCAGGAGAGACAGCAGCGUUUGGGGAAUCGACAUCACUUUCAAGGAUGUGAGGUUUGCCUAUCCCCAACGCCCCGAUACGCAGAUUCUCAAGAAUCUCAGCUUCCACAUAGAUGCCGGUAAGACAGUAGCGCUGGUUGGUCCGAGUGGAGGUGGGAAGUCUACAGUCUUUGCCCUCCUGCAGAGGUUCUAUGACCCGAGUGAAGGACAGAUUCUCGUAGCACUGUCCCAGUCGAGGCUCGAUGAUGUUAAUGUUGGAUGGUGGCGGCAGCAAGUCGGUUUUGUUGCCCAAGAGCCUGUGCUGUUCGACCUCACGUUGGAGGAAAACGUUCGCUAUGGGGCCCCUCCAAUUGGGCGGCCGGAGAUGCUCUCUAUCUGCGCCCGGGCUGGUAUGAAUGAUUUCGCGGGGAACAAGGUGGCUUGGGACGCCGGUUUGGGCCCUCGAGGCGGUCUACUGUCGGGAGGGCAAAAACAGAGGGUUGCUAUAGCCCGGGCACUAAUGCGUCAUCCGAGGUUGUUACUUUUGGAUGAAGCGACUUCCGCAUUGGAUUCGGCAUCAGAAGCAGCGGUGCAGAAGGCACUAGACGAGUUAGCACAUGUUGGCGGAGCUCGUCACAGUAUCAAGAGCAAGCCGACCACUCUGAUCAUAGCUCAUCGUCUGUCGACUAUCACUAACGCCGAUCUGAUACUAGUGAUAGCCGGGGGCCGGAUGGUAGAGCAAGGCACACAUUCUGAACUGUUAGCGAAGGGAGGUGUUUAUUACGACCUGUAUCAGAAGGGCAGCAUAUAA